GGACUGCUCUCCUUCACAGAUGUGGCCAUUGAUUUCUCUGCAGAGGAGUGUGAAUGUCUGGACCUUGCCCAGUGGAAUUUGUACAGGGAUGUGAUGUUGGAGAAUUACAGCAAUCUUGUAUUCCUGGGUCUUAGUUUCUCUAAGCCAUACUUGAUCACAUUUCUUGAGCAAAGUAAAGAGCCCCGGAAUAUGAAGGGACCGGCAACAGUAGCUCCAUACCCAGGAAUAAAACCUUAUAAAUUUAACGAAUGUGGCAAGACCUUUCCUUCGAACUCACUUCUUAGUCAACACCAUACAAUUAAUCCUGGAGAAAAACUUUACAAAUGUGAUGAAUGUGGCAAGGCCUUUAAUGUUCGCUCAACACUCUAUAAACACCAUAGAAUUCAUACUGGAGAGAAACCCUACAAAUGUAAAGAAUGUGGCAAAGGUUUUACAUGUUCUUCAAGCCUUAACCAACACCAUAGAAUUCACACUGGUG